AAUGGAAGAACAACAAAGAAAUGAUGACAUUCCAAUGAUUGACGGGGCAGAAGCUUCUUCUGGUAGUUCUUCCGCAGCAAAUAAUACUUUGUCUUCUUCAUCUUCUUCUGCUCAACGCUUCUCUAUUGUGGAUGUACUUGGAAAUGAUGAUUCAAUGAAUAGUAGCGGUGGAGGGCUUUCUAGUGAUGGAAAAGAGGGUGGAAGUAAUUCUGCUAUAGCUACUAUUGUUCCUGUGCCUCCGGAUCCGAUGCAUUCGAAAUUGCCUCGAAUUUGGAGUAAAACAGAUCGUUGGUCACUCCCCCAGCAAAAUAAUAGUGUUAGCCAGCAAUUGCCAAUAUUGGAACUUUCUGCCGAUUUUUUGCGUGUUACUAAACGCAAAGGAACUAAUCAAAACAGUAAAGACGCCGCAGCCGUUCGUGCAAAUAGACCAAUUCCACGUUCUUGUAUUGUUUAUUAUUUUGAAAUUACUGUUGUUAGCAAAGGACAAGAUGGAUUUAUGGGUAUUGGACUUUCUGAGAAAAAUGUUUCAUUAAAUCGCUUGCCUGGUUGGGACCCAAUUUCUUAUGGAUAUCAUGGGGACGAUGGAAAUUUCUUUUCGUCAUCUGGCAAGGGAGUUGAAUAUGGACCUACUUUUACUACUGGAGAUGUUAUUGGGUGUGGACUGAAUUUUGUGACUAGACAAUUAUUUUUUACGAAAAAUGGACAACAUUUGGUACUUAACUACUUAUUUAAUUUUUUCUAA